UUCUGAUCUAUUUCUUUUAGGAAUCAAAGCACUGAGUUCAGGAUCAUUUUGCCAGCUUGCAAUUCAGCAGCAAUGUCUCCAGCCCUCUUCAUUUUAGGGACCAUUUCUAUAGCAGCUCAUACUAUCCUUGCAUCCAUAGCAAAAAAAUGUCCUGAUCCUGGCCCCCUGAAGAAUGGAAAUAUACAUUUUACAGAUCUAAGCUACCCAAAUUUUAUAAGGUUUUCAUGUGACCCUGGGUAUAUUCUUCAAGGACCUAACACCAGCCAAUGCCUGGCAAAUGGACGAUGGAGCGCAAAGCUUCCUGAAUGUCAACCUGUGAUUUGUCCUCUACCUUUGGAUUGUGAAUUUUCAGUCCUUUCUUGUCACAGACUUCACCCAGGGAGCAAAUCAGUCUUCCAAGAUGAAAUCAAAUUUGAAUGUUUAUUGCCUUAUGCUCUUUUUGGAAGUGAAACAGCUGUUUGUGAGGCCGAUGGGAAAUGGAGCGCACUACCAGAAUGCAGAUGUACACAGUGUCCAAAACCAGAAGGUAUAGAAAAUGGAUAUAUAUAUUUGCUUCUUCGCAGAGCAUAUCAUUACAAAGAAACGGUGACCUAUGGUUGUAAUCCAACAUAUGUGCUGGAUGGACCUGCAGAAUCCAGUUGUGAGAAGACAGGCCAAUGGUCAGCAAAACCAGUAUGCAGAGCACCGUGUGCAAUUCCUGUCAAAAGAGCCACUGUGUUAUACAACAGUCAGAAAGUAAAGGUCCAAGACCAUAUCAAGAGAGGAAUACAACAUGCUGAAAGCAUCUGGUUUUUCUGUAAAAACAAAGAACAGCACUGUAGUUAUAAAGUAGCUGCUCAGUGCAAUGAUGGCAAUUUUACAGUCCCUGCCUGCUUCAAAGAACAGCGGAUUACAUCGUUCUUGAAAACAGACAUAGCAGACCUACCACCAUGUGACACCAUUCACUAAAGGGGAUAUCUUCAUGUAUUGAAGAAGUGGGCAAAUGGAGCAUCCAAGUCUCUCUUAGAUUAUGGCAAUGUGGAAUGCAAGGAUAUCACCACCAUUAUAUUCUAAACAGGCUUAUUGACGUUAAUAUGCUGCCUUUAUUAAACUUCAAAUAUGUAAUUACAUAAAUGCUCGAUAAUUUUCCUGCAUCGUACACUUAAAGAUAUAUGCACACAACUUUCUUAGUGUAUACAAGCAUGUAGAGGCCAGAUAUUUUGUCAAGUAAAUUUGUACUAAAGACAGAUGUGUUAAUAAUUUGAUUUUGUAAUAUGACCAGAUCAUCAGUACUUUUCUUUCAUUCUUGCUUAUGUAUAUUUCAGUUUUGAUGUAACCACAAUAUUAUCCACUGACCCAUAGAAUUAUUUUCUUGGUGAUCCAUUUAUAUGAAUGUGUAAUAUUCAGUUUCUUGUACAUUUCAGAUUAAAUUUGCUAAAUGUAA